CCUUCUCUUCAGUCCUCUCAUUUCCUCUGUUCUUCUCAGCCAUCUCCUUUUAAAUACCAUAUCGAUCUCUAAACUCCCUUCAUCUUUUUUCCCUCUUCAUCAGAUUGUUCUGGUCCAAGCAUGCAUGCCAUAGAGAACCGACCCGACCUCUUGUUCGGGCGCGGCGGAGGGUGUGGUUGUGGGUCGCCGCCGCCGCUGUUGUCGCGGAAACCUAGGGCAGGGCGAUGGGGGUCGGUGCCGCCAUUCCUGCUCCUGCUAAGAAGAGGAGCUCGAUCUACACGGGGGUCACAAGGCACAGGUGGACAGGCAGAUUUGAGGCACACCUCUAGGACAAGAACUGCUUCACUUCCAUCAAGAACAAGAAGAAAGGGAGGCAAGUCUAUCUGGGGGCUUAUGACACAGAGGAGGCAGAUGUAUAGAUAAUACAUCAAUUUAUAUCUACACUUGUGCUUCGGUACACCCCCCAACAAAUAUAGCCUCCACCGUUUUCCUUCUCCUCUCUGAAGCCAGGCACUGCUCACUCUCCCUCUGUGUGAUGCUGCCCGAUUGGAUCCAUCUCUGCCUGUGUGAUAUUGGUCAACUUUUUUUUAUUUCUAUCUAUUAUAUGUGUGCAAUUCUGAUGCCUUGAUCAAUGUGUGUAGUGUGCUCCUAGACCAUCACUCGUCUCAAACAGGAUGUUAUGUGCCUCCAGCUAAUCAAAAAAGGAUGUUCCACUCUAA